GAGAAGGCCUCAAUGGAUACAAUUGUGAUCUUGGUGCUGGGUCUCUCCUGCCUGCUUCUCCUUUCACUCUGGAGACAGAGCUCUGGGAGGGGGAGGCUUCCUCCUGGCCCCACUCCUCUCCCAAUUAUAGGAAAUAUCCUGCAGAUCAAUGUUAAGGACAUCAGCAAAGCCCUGACAAAUUUCUCAAAAGUCUAUGGCCCUGUGUUCACUGUAUAUUUUGGUAUGAAACCCACUGUGGUGGUGCAUGGAUAUGAAGCAGUAAAGGAAGCCUUGGAAGAUUUUGGAGAGGAGUUUUCUGGUAGAAGUGUUUUCCCAAUUAUUGCAAGAAGCAAUAGAGGCCAUGGAAUCGUUUUCAGCAAUGGAAAGAAAUGGAAGGAGAUGCGACGCUUCUCACUUAUGACUCUGAGGAAUUUCGGAAUGGGGAAGAGGAGCAUUGAAGAACGUGUUCAAGAAGAAGCCCAGUGCCUUGUGAAGGAGUUGAGAAGAAGCAAUGGCGCACCCUGUGACCCCACCUUCAUUCUGGGCUGUGCUCCCUGCAAUGUCAUCUGCUCCAUUGUUUUCCAGAAUCGUUUUGAUUAUAAAGAUAAAAUAUUUCUUAAUUUGAUGAAAAAAUUCAAUGAAAACUUUAAGAUUUUGAACUCUCCAUGGAUACAGUUCUACAGUACUUUCCCAGGUAUUGUUAAAUAUCUCCCAGGGAGUCAUAAUACAGUACUUAAAAAUUUUGAAGAUAUAAAAAGUUAUAUUCUGGAGAAAAUAAAAGAACAUCAAGAAACCUUGGAUAUCAACAAUCCUCGAGACUUUAUUGAUUGCUUCCUGAUCAAAAUGGAACAGGAAAAACAUAAUCAGCAGUCUGAGUUUGACCUUGAGAGCUUGGUGGCCAGUGUAAAUGAUGUGUUUGUAGCUGGAACUGAGACAACAAGCACUACUCUGAGAUAUGGACUCCUGCUCCUGCUGAAACACCCGGAGGUCAUAGCUAAAGCCCAGGAAGAGAUUGAACGUGUAAUUGGCCGGCACAGGAGCCCAUGUAUGCAGGACAGGAGUCGCAUGCCCUACACAGAUGCAACUGUGCAUGAGAUCCAGAGAUACAUUGACCUCAUCCCCAACAAUGUGCCCCAUGCAGCUAUCUGUGACAUUAGAUUCAGAGACUAUCUCAUCCCCAAGGGCACCAACCUAAUAACAUCUUUGACAUCUGUGUUGUAUGACAACAAGGAGUUCUCCAACCCAGAGAAGUUUGACCCUGGCCACUUUAUGGAUGAGUCUGGAAACUUCAAAAAAAGUAAUUACUUCUUACCUUUCUCAACAGGAAAACGGGCAUGUGUUGGAGAGGGUCUGGCCCGCAUGGAGCUGUUUUUGUUUCUGACUACAAUUUUACAGAAUUUUAACCUGAAACCAUUGUUUGACCCAAAGGAUAUCAACACUGGCCCAAUAGCCAGUACGUAUGGCCGUGUGCCACCUUUGUACCAACUCUGCUUCAUUCCUUUCUGAAAAAUGGCAGGCUGCCUGGAGAUGUCUGUGCUGUCAACUGUGGUCUGUUCCACUGGGGAUAUUGCCCACCUCCUUCUCAUUAUAAAAGAAACCUGUCAGGUGUCCUCUCCAACCUCCCAGUACCUCAUAAUCUAGUGAAUCAGCCUUCAUUAAAUAAAGUUUCCUGGCUCAUUGAAAUAAGCUUUAGUACUUGUAUUGACAAUGU